UAGCAUAUGCCUAAUUGAUUAAUAUCUCAUUCUUGACGUUUGAAAGCACCAUUUUGCGUGCUAAGAAGGGAAUUCACCACUCUUCUUUAAAUCAGGAUCAAUACCUUUAUUUGGAAAGAUGAUCAUACAGUAUGUGACCUCAGUAGUAUCAUAGACAAUAAUAAUAAUUCCAUUAGGGUGCAACGUUCCCUAAUGGAAUUAACAUUUAAAAAACAAGACAAGCAAACCCUGUAGCCUUUAAAGUUGUUGUUUACAUUUGUUAUCAUAGGUUAGUAGUGGCAUAGUCAGUGGGGGGUAGAGGGUUGAAAGCAGUGGGGGGCUAACAGUGGGCAGAGUGACCUUUAACCCUGCUCUCCAGGGGCUCCAGAGUGACCUUUAACCCUGCUCUCCAGGGGCUCCAGAGUGACCUUUAACCCUGCUCUCCAGGGGCUCCAGAGUGACCUUUAACCCUGCUCUCCAGAGGCUCCAGAGUGACCUUUAACCCUGCUCUCCAGGGGCUCCAGAGUGACCUUUAACCCUGCUCUCCAGGGGCUCCAGAGUGACCUUUAACCCUGCUCUCCAGAGGCUCCAGAGUGACCUUUAACCCUGCUCUCCAGGGGCUCCAGAGUGACCUUUAACCCUGCUCUCCAGGGGCUCCAGAGUGACCUUUAACCCUGCUCUCCAGGGGCUCCAGAGUGACCUUUAACCCUGCUCUCCAGGGGCUCCAGAGUGACCUUUAACCCUGCUCUCCAGAGGCUCCAGAGUGACCUUUAACCCUGCUCUCCAGGGGGUCCUUCAACCCUGCUCUCCAGGCUCCAGAUUGACCUUUAACCCUGCUCUCGAGGGGGACCUUUAACCCUUCUCUCCAGGGGCUACAGAGGGAUCUAUUUGCUCCUAAAAGCACUGAUGGCCAGUAACUUGGCCUUUCUGUGUCAGAGCAGUAACUUGGCCUGUGGCCAGCCUCUUCCUGUGUCGGAGCAGUAACUUGGCCUGUGGCCAGCCUCUUCCUGUGUCUGAGCAGUAACUUGGCCUGUGGCCAGCCUCUUCCUGUGUCGGAGCAGUAACUUGGCCUGUGGCCAGCCUCUUCCUGUGUCGGAGCAGUAACUUGGCCUGUGGCCAGCCUCUUCCUGUGUCAGAGCAGUAACUUGGCCUGUGGCCAGCCUCUUCCUGUGUCGGAGCAGUAACUUGGCCUGUGGCCAGCCUCUUCCUGUGUCGGAGCAGUAACUUGGCCUGUGGCCAGCCUCUUCCUGUGUCAGAGCAGUAAAAAGCCUCUUCCUGUGUCGGAGCAGUAACUUGGCCUGUGGCCAGCCUCUUCCUGUGUCGGAGCAGUAACUUGGCCUGUGGCCAGCCUCUUCCUGUGUCAGAGCAGCAGCUUGGCCUGUAGCCAGCCUCUUCCUGUGUCAGAGCAGUAACUUGGCCUGUGGCCAGCCUCUUCCUGUGUCGGAGCAGUAACUUGGCCUGUGGCCAGCCUCUUCCUGUGUCAGAGCAGUAACUUGGCCUGUGGCCAGCCUCUUCCUGUGUCAGAGCAGUAACUUGGCCUGUGGCCAGCCUCUUCCUGUGUCAGAGCCUGUGGCCAGCCUCUUCCUGUGUCGGAGCAGUAACUUGGCCUGUGGCCAGCCUCUUCCUGUGUCGGAGCAGUAACUUGGCCUGUGGCCAGCCUCUUCCUGUGUCUGAGCAGUAACUUGGCCUGUGGCCAGCCUCUUCCUGUGUCGGAGCAGUAACUUGGCCUGUGGCCAGCCUCUUCCUGUGUCGGAGCAGUAACUUGGCCUGUGGCCAGCCUCUUCCUGUGUCGGAGCAGUAACUUGGCCUGUGGCCAGCCUCUUCCUAUGUCGGAGCAGUAACUUGGCCUGUGGCCAGCCUCUUCCUGUGUCGGAGCAGUAACUUGGCCUGUGGCCAGCCUCUUCCUGUGUCGGAGCAGUAACUUGGCCUGUGGCCAGCCUCUUCCUGUGUCGGAGCAGUAACUUGGCCAGCGUGUGUCAGAGCAGCACAUCAAUAACAGGAUAAAGUUUGAACUCUGCUGGUAUGUAGAUCAUUCAUAGUCACUCGGGUUGUGCUGUGUUCACUAUUGAUCUGACUCUGGUAACAACAACAAUAUCAAUACACUGGGAGAAAUGGUUGUGUUAUAGUCACUAGAGAGCUGCCACCUGCUACGAGUCAAGGUCAUUUCAGUCAUUAAUGAUUACAAGAUGACACAGAACAUUAAACUGGACUGGCUGGUGAACACACUACUUUUCCAACUGAAGUCUAUACACCAUGCUUUAUCCUAGCAAGUUUAUAUUAUUGGAAUUGGGAAUGUCUCUAUAUUUCAUCCUUGUACUCUACUGAUACAGGGCCACUAAAGACAUGGGGAAAAUGUUAGGAGGAGAGGAGGUGAAGGAUCCAGAGGCCGCGAAGAAGAAGGAGGAGGAAGAGGAGGAGAGACAGGAGGCUCUGAGACAACAGGAGGAGGAGAGGAAGGAUAAGCACCGGAAAAUGGAGUCAGAAAGAGAAGUAGUACGACAGUCCAUCAGGAUCAAGUAUGGCCUGAAGAAGAAGGAGGAGAAGGAGGCAGAGGAGAAGGCAGCCAUGGAGCAGGCCUGCGAGGGGUCUCUGACGCGCGCCAAGAAGGCCAUCCCAGCCGGGUGCGGAGACGAGGAAGAUGAGGAUGAGGAGAGCAUUCUGGACACCGUCCUCAAGUUCCUCCCUGGACCUCUGCAGGACAUGUUCAAGAAGUAAUGAACAGGGGGAGGGGAGAUCUGGGA